CCCACAUUACUGAAACCCAUUAAUUCCCCCAAAAACACUCGGCAGCUCAUAAUUUCUUUCAUUCAUCUCAUGGAUCUGUAUCGCCUCUGCCGCCUUCCACAGGGGAGAGCAGCAAUCUUCCCAAAGUUUCCAACCGUCCAAACAGCCUCCUCCUGUGCAAUCAAAUCCUCCUUUUUUGAAUCCCGCUUCCCGCAUUGCCUACAUCUCGUGAAUCCUUUCAAUUUCCAACCCUUCGUCGAUCGUCCUCCCGCCUAGAUUCUUCCACUCCUUUCUUCAUCACGAGCUGAACAUUUAAUCCGCAGCCCAGCCGCAGGGAGCUUGUGAUUCAUUUUAUCCACGAUGAACGGCGGCGAUGGGGAGAUUGACGGCUGAACUUACUCGUGCUGGAUACUCCGCCGCUGCCGCCAGCGUUCUUGCUCACGCCGAACUGCCUUUCUAUCAGAUUGAAUCUGCUCCCCACCAGGGAGAGCAACAAUCUGUAUCAGGCGCAACAAGAACCUGGGUCUCUUUGGAUACGAUCGCGCUGGAAAGCGGGCGGAGAUUGGAUGAAUCGUCGGAUCUAGAAAAGAAUCGCCUCCUUCCGUGGUGGAGAGGCUGUAGGCCUGAUUUCUACUUCGUUCCCUAGUCGGCGUAGAUGCCCUGUAUGAAGGCUACGCUGGCGGCCAUCCAAAUGCCAGAUCCAACAGAGGAGAGAAACUAGUGUGCCCAGGCGUGGAUGCGGCCAACGAGGAGGUGGCGAGACCAAACGACGAGGAAGGCAAAGCGAAAUCGGGAUCGAGAUUUCUUCCUAGUCGUCAGGUGAAUCCUUCAUCGCCGGAGUUGAGAUCCAGAGACGAAAAGAGAUCGAGAGACGGAGAGAGGGUGGCUGGGGAUUGAAAUUUUAUUUUUUUAAUUUUAAUUUGUUAUUUUGUGUUAGUUUACCCUUUUACCCUUAACAAAUCUUGUUGUUAGUAUAACAACACUAUGAGUGUUGUUAUACUAUCCGCUCCCCUAUGAGAGAGGGGGUUCACUGCUGACUUACCAAAUAAGUUGACUAAAGAAACUGACCUAAGCAUAGCUCUCCGAACCAACUGAAGGAAACAACGACAUAAAGAAAGACAGACAAGGACGGGAAAGGCGGAGAAGCAAUUCCCCCCUGCUGGGGGUUCCUGUUACACGAUCCAAGAUCAAGAACCAGAAAAAGAAAAGGUAAUGCGUCAA